AUUUAUUGAUAAGUUACACGAUUGCCGCAACAUGAGACGGUUAAUUAAAUAUAAGUUAUUAGGAAAAAACCCUUGACUGCCACCUGCCGUGCUAUAAAAAGCUAAGCGCCUCAGCUCCGAACGCCACACAGAUCGAGAAUGCAGCAAUCUUUGCGCUUGGACUGCCUUUUGAUCGUUUACGGCGUAAUCCUCGUCGUCUGGGGAAUCCAUGGCCUCAACAUUCCCGAGUGCACGGGUCAAAAUGGAUUUAUCAACAAUACCCGUACAAACUGUAGUUAUGCCUAUAUAAAUUGCUCGGCGGCGGAUUCACUUUUCUGCACGGACAACAGGACUUGCAGUGCCAAUUUCACCUGUGGCGACAUCAACCCAGUGGCCAACACCACUGACUCACCGGUGGUAACCACUCCGAUUGUGGUGACAACCGUCUCGCCCUCGGACGUUCGACGUCAGUGUCGUCAGGGUGUAACCAAGAGGUUUAGCUAUCCGCAGAAUUGCAACUACUUCUACUACUGCGUGGAUGGUUUUCUUUUGGUGGAGCAAUGUCCUAUUGGCUACGCCUUCGAUCCCGAAACUGGAGCUUGUGGUGGCCGCAUACGCAGCUCAGACGAUUGUAUUUUGAAAUAAGAAAUUAAUAAAAAAAAGAAAAAACAAACACUUUUAAUUAAGCCCCUUGUCGUG